AUGGACGAAUGCAAAAAACGUAGAACACUACUACCAAGUUCAAUUACUACAAAAAUUGACAAUCUUUUCGACGAUCUAUUGGAACAUCGUUUUGAUAAAAAUGUCAAUAGAACAUUACAAUACUUUGACGAUCAAAAAUUUGCUGAAACGGAUAAAACGUCUGAUAAUUACAAAUUGCUCCGCAUUGUACAACAAGCCAUCUUCAAUUUCAAAUUCUGGGCAAAGGAGUCUGAUGAGGUGAUGGACAGUUAUUCAGAAAAUAUGUAUCUUCGAAAGUUCGCUGAAUUGAUGGAUAUAUUAUUUGAAGAUGAAAAUGACGUCGCUAUAUAUGAUGGAGAAACAAUUUCUCAAGCCACUCAAAAUAUAAAAAUACUAAAUGAAGAUGAGGCGGACAGUGGAAGGCGAAUAGAUAUGUUAUCGAAAACAAAGUAUAAUGACACAAUGUGGUGGUUGCACAUCAACUUGAUUCAUUAUACAUACCAAAAUUGUUACUGGAACUGGAUGAUUUUCGAUCAACUUUGA